CGCUGGGCCGGGCUUAGGGGGGGGCGCCGCGCCCCGCUGUGGCGGUGGCUGCGGUGUCGCGUCGUAGCCCCACCGCGCCUGCGCUCUGGACGCUGCAGGCGUGACCUGCCGAGGCGCGGGACAAGGCUGCUCCAGAAGCUCCGGCCCCGUGGUCCGCGCUCCGGGGAGCGGCACGCGCUGCGGCGGCCGGCGGGGAGCGUCGUGCUUCGGGCCGCGGCCCUCCACACCUGGGCGGGGGCCGCCGCGGCCUCUUCCGUGGGGCUGGGCCGGGUCGCCGCUGGUCCCGCUUCCUCGCCGACCUGGUCAGUGGGGAGCCUUCCUGCCCUCUCGCUCCGAGGGGACUGAGUCGUCAGGUGCAGCUUCCAGUGCAUCAGCCCGGGGUCAGCCUGGCGCCAGCCGCUGGGUGCUGGGGCCUGGUCUCCACCUCUGAAGUGCCCCUCCUCGGAGGCCGCGCUGUGGGGCGGCCGGCCAGCACGCUGCCCACCCGGUGCGCCGCUGCCCUGCGCCUGGUGGCAGGCGCCAAGGCUGGCUUCCGGGUGGGCUCCUCUGCUGACCAGGAGCCCGGGUGUCAUCGCAGGAGCUGUGGGUCUCUGCUGUGCGGGUGCGGGCUGCGCCGUGGGCAGGGUGUAAGGCGCCCCGGUUCUCCCUGAGUGGUGCGGCAGGGCCCCGAGAGCUGAGACGGAGGCUGCGCUCCCUGCGCCCGGCCCAGCGCGUGGAGAGGGGUCUGGGGCCCUGCGCUGCAGCCUGCCCGCGGCCGAGGAGCGGUUCCCCACGCCACGGCUGUUGCACGGGUUCCAGUGCUCCCCGCGGCUUGCCUUUCUGCUCCCUCUCGGGGGCACGGGGGGACUGGCCCCUCUGCGCAUGAACCCCCCCAGGGGUGCGGGCUCUGGGGAGCAGCGGCUUCCCUCGGCAGAGGUUGCGGCCGUUCUGACCUCCGCGUCCCGCACUGUCCUGCAGCCUCCUGGAGGAGAGUUACGUCAUGAAGGACCCGUUCACCUCAGACAAGGACAGGUUCCUGGUCCUCGGCUCCAAGUGCAGUGUGUGCAGCCGGCUGGUGUGCGUGGGCCCGCGUCCAGAGCAGAUGCCACUGCCAUUCUCAAAACACAGCACAGCCAGGGACAGUGGCCGCGGUUGGACAGAUCCAACCUCCUGCCCAGACCAGCUACUCGCUGGUGGCCAUUUUGGUCUGUGGAGCUGCGCCCAGCACCGGUGGUCACCAAGCACCUGUCGCACUGCUGGGAUAACCAGGAGAGGGAAGGAUCUAGGAUCUCCGACAGGUUAGGAAUGCAGUUUAUUCUACUCCAAGAGGUUUUGCCUCCCCUGUGUCCAGGAGAACAUGGACGCCUUCCCUCAGGAAAUCCGGCAAGACUUGGAGAAAAGGAAAGCUCCAUCAAAGAGGCCGGUCAGCCAGCCUGGCUCUCGGACAUGAGUGCGCCGGAUGCCAGGGUGGCAAGAGCACCUUGCACAGAGCUCUGGGGCCGAGCUGGGAGCCGCCGUGCCCAGCCUUGUUCUGGGACAGGCAGGAGCAGUGUGUGCAACUGGAGUGAGCUGGGGCCCAGCCUGCCCCAGGAAGGUGACUGGGAGAUGCAGAGAAGGCACUCAAAAGGCAGACCUUGGACCAGACAUCCCGCAGACCCAACCCCAUACAGAGCCCUCUCGAAGCUGAGACUGCAGGGCAGGAACUGAGGAAUGGUUCAGAACUGGCACAAAGGGAGGCCAGGGCUAGGCCUGCUGGCCCUUUGGCUCUCCUCCCAGACCUGAGGGCUCUAGGCCUUCCCGCAGGGUCAUCCCCUGGCUCCUGCUUACAGGCGACAGACCUGGAGGGGCCUUUAUGCCCUUCACAUGAUUUCGUCAGAUCCAGGAGCUGCCUCCAGGUAACAUGCUGCUCUGCCUGGCCCUGAGGACACAGGAGUGAAGGGACAAAGCCCACUGCCCUGGUCCAGUAUGGGGAGGCCCUCUGGUCACGCUGGGGGGUUGUGCUGUCCGUGCUCAUGCAGAGGCAGAACAGCUGGGUGGGGACUCCUGCUUUCUCCAUCCAAGGAAGUGAGUGUUCAUGCAGGGAAGACCUCACUCAGUGGGAUGGUUCACAGGGAAGUGACCUGUGGGAAGGUGCCUGAGGUGUGUGGGGGAGCUGCAGAUGCAACCGGGGGUUCGGGGGCAGUGGAGUUUUACUUCACAUCCUCGUGGUGCUUGGAAAACGUUUUAAAUCUUGACCAUGCGUUAGAUCCGUAAUUAUAAACCCAGAGAGCCAGUUAAUGUUUUGAAAAGUAAUCCUUCCCCAGAAACAUUUGCGAGGCAGAUGUUCUCCUUGGCACUCCGGAUCUGGCGUGGAUCGGGGGCUGGGGUGUUGCCACAUGAAGCUUCUUCUGUCCUGUCUGUCCUGCAGGCUCUGGCUCCGGCCCCAGGCCCAGUCCCAUUCCAAGGCAGAGCAGUGCCUUCCCCUGCCUUCUCUUCGCUCACACAGAGGCUCACAACUUGAGGUGCUGGCUUGCCCUUCUCCACAGGGAACUCCGCAUCAGCUCUGCAGGCUCCUGUAGGCGGCCCCAGGGCACUUGUCCCCCCACGGGCACCCCUGCCCCGUGGCCCCCACCUUCGCCAUGGGGAACACACUAAAGGGUGCGUUUGGCUCUGCUGGUUCUCAGAGGGCCGGAGCUCUUCUCUCUUCGCUGUAACUCCCUGAAGGCCCGCUGACACUGUUCUGGGGGAUGCCAGACGUGGGUUUGAGAAGAGAAUGAAUAAAGAGCUUUUAUUGGC